UCUUUAGCCAGAAGCAGAAGCAGAAGCAGAAGCAGAAGCGAAGCAAAGCAGUGUCCAUGAAAAAAAAGGGUUUGCUUGGAAAAAAGUUUCUUCUAUUCUGAUUCCUCUGUCACUCAUUUUUCAAAUUGUUUAACAGCAAACCAAGACAAAAGCUUCAGACAGAAAAAAGGGCAAAAACAAUAGGGUUUGCUUGGAAAAGUUGGAAGGCACCGCAGAAUGUCCAGAUGAAUGGCAGGCAGAGAAGAAGAUAAGGGAACAAAAUUCUUUGCUUCCAAAUGUAGGCAUUGCCUUGCCUCCGUAUCUGAACGAAGAACAAACAUUUUUUUAUUUUAUUUUAUUUUAUUUUGUUUUCCCCCAUGCAACACUUACUUGUUGAGCUCCCAGUGCUCUUCUAUGAUUCUGUAGCCAGUCGUUGGAAAAUGCAGGGAGUUGCGUCCCUAUGUCCUUGAACAUUUCUUCAUCUUCAACGAUUUGCAGUGAAGUCAAAGUUGGAAAUAAGGGAACAAAAGAUUCUGAAGAUGGAAACUCGUAAAAGGUUUCGUGGUCAUCUAUGGAACUUCCUCGCCUUCUUCCCCAUUUUUGUGCUUUUGAUAACUCUUGGAAUUAUAAAAGCGGCUCUUGUUGGCCCGUUUGUGUUCCUUUUGGUAUCGUUUGGAAAUUCUGCAGUUAUUAUUGGGUUAUGGCCUCUACAUGCGAUUUGGACUUACUACUGUAUAGGAAAAACGAGGAAAUUCGGUAUAUUUAUGAAAUUCUUAUUGCUUCUAAUAUUUAUCAUCCCAUUAAGUUUAUGGCUACUCAUCGGUAUACUAGGAAGCAUGCUUACAGGUUUCGGGUAUGGGUUCUUUUGGCCUUUGAUGGCAACAUUUGAGGCUAUAGCUGAAGGUGUGGAAAACAAGUUCGUAAGUUGUUUCAAGGAUGGUACUUGGGACACCAUUUUGGGGGGAUGCACCAUAGUACGUGAUUUCACUGAUGUUUCCUUUCAUUCAUACUUCUCAGUGAUGGAUAGCUUGCUGGAGUCCAGAAGUGAGACGCCAAUAGAGAUCAAGGUCACUCUACUACCAACAUGCAUAUUGGCUGGAAUUUUAGGGGUACUAAUUGAUGUGCCUAUUAUUAGCAUUAUUGUGAUUUAUAAAGCUCCAAUGAUGUUAUUAAGAGGAUGGCAGAGAUUGGUCCAAGAUCUCAUUGGAAGUGAGGGUCCCUUCUUGGAAACAGUUUGUGUUCCCUUUGCUGGUCUUUCAAUUCUGUUAUGGCCAGCUGCAGUUUGCUUAUCUACUUUAGCUGGAAUUAUUUCCAGCUUCUUUCUUGGCUGUUAUGCUGCUGCUGUUGCAUAUCAGGAAAGUUCCACAAAGCAAGGAGUACUCUAUGCUUUUGCUAUGGUGUCCAUGUUUGAUGAGUACACGAAUGAUCUCCUCUGCCUGCGUGAAGGGUCCUGCUUUCCAAGACCUGAGUAUCACAAGACAGUUGGUUCUAGCCAGUUGCCGUUUCCCAUAAAGACACCAGAAAAGCCUGCGGCUGCUCAAACUAAGAAACAUCCAGUACAGGGACCCUACAAGAAAUUGAUGGCAUUGAAGCCUGUGGUGAUAUGGGAUAACUUCUUCCAAGCAUGCGAGCACACUGGAAAAGAGCUUAUAAGAGAUGGAGCAAUUGGGAUGCAGGACCUAGAGGCAUGGAAACAUUCAAAAAACCAGAUUGUUAACAAUGGAAUUCCUGCAUAUGUAUUUCUGCUGUGCUUUCUUCGCUCUAUUAAGAGUGGCUUCGAGGGCUUUCUCAUGCGUGAUAAUGUUGAAUUGACAAGUGCGAAUAGGCCUGAGGGAAGAGUUUUUGACUGGAUGUUUGAGCCAAUGUCUUCCAUGAAAGAGCAGAUAAAGAGUUUGAUGUUACUAGAAUCUGAAGAAUUGUAUCUUCAUAAAUUGACUCUCUACUGUAGUGAUAUGAAGCGGAUAGAAGCUUGGAAGAAUGGUGGAGUUCCUCCAAAUGAUGAGAGCAGAAGUGCUCAAUUGCAAGCUAUAAGUAGACGGUACUCUCUCUCUCUCUCUCUCUCUCUCUCUCAUUUUCAGGUUGUUAGGGAAAUGAGAGAUUUCUGUUUUAGAUUGCAUGGCUUUUGUCUUGCUAUCUCGAGGCUGCCAACCUUUCGACGACGAUACCAUGAUGUGGUUAAAGCAUUAGUACAAGCAGCAAAACAAAGGUCGGAGUCAACUGAUUUGGCAGGGAGUAGUGAGGAUAUAGAAGUAGCUCUUUAGUAUCCCUUUUCAUUUGGCUCGAAGUUCCCUCAAAGCUCCAUGAUGAGGUGGGGAAGGCUUCAAAUGCAAGAAUACAGCAUAGAAACAGCUUUACAGCGUCUUAUUUGUUCCCCCCUCCACUAUUUGUAGAAAAAAUAAUCUCCUCUUAACUGUUUCUACUAAAUUCCAUCAUAGUGAUUUGAAGCUAUGGGUAAAAGAUUUCAUUUCUUCCAAGUCAUCAAUAAGUACAUUCAUGAGAA